CUCUCUCUCCUCCUCCAUUAUUCUCCGCUCUUUCCACUCCCGAUUCCUCCCUCCAUCGAAACCCUAAUUUCCUCUCUUCAAUCAAUUCCAAUAAGCAAAUCUGCAUCCAAUGGCCAAACGAACCCUGCCCAUCCUCAAGCAACUCUUGCACCAACGAUCUCCAUCUCUCUCUCCCCUAUCCCGAUCUGUCACCUACAUGCCCCGACCCGGAGACGGUGCUCCUCGCACCGUCACCUUAAUCCCCGGAGAUGGGAUCGGUCCUCUCGUGACAGGAGCCGUCGAGCAAGUAAUGGAUGCGAUGCACGCCCCGAUUUACUUUGAAAAAUUCGAUGUUCAUGGUGAUAUGAAGAGCUUUCCAACCGAGGUUGUGGAGUCAAUUAAGAAGAAUAAAGUGUGUUUGAAAGGAGGUUUGAAUACUCCCAUGGGUGGAGGAGUUAGUUCGUUGAACGUGCAGUUAAGGAAAGAGCUUGAUCUGUACGCUUCGCUUGUAAAUUGUUUUAAUUUACCCGGAUUGCCAACCCGUCACGAGAAUGUUGAUAUUGUGGUGAUUAGAGAGAAUACUGAAGGGGAAUACGCAGGGCUUGAACACGAGGUUGUUCCUGGCGUCGUGGAAAGUCUUAAGGUGAUCACAAAAUUUUGCUCAGAGCGUAUUGCAAAAUAUGCCUUUGAGUAUGCUUAUCUCAACAACCGUAAGACAGUGACAGCUGUGCACAAAGCAAAUAUUAUGAAACUUGCAGAUGGUCUGUUUCUAGAAUCUUGCCGGGAGAUAGCAAGCAAGUAUCCCAGCAUAAAAUACAAUGAGAUCAUUGUAGACAACUGUUGCAUGCAGCUCGUUUCAAAGCCUGAACAAUUUGAUGUUAUGGUGACUCCUAACCUUUACGGAAAUUUGGUGGCAAAUACUGCUGCUGGUAUUGCUGGGGGCACUGGUGUAAUGCCUGGAGGUAAUGUGGGGGCUGAUCAUGCGGUGUUCGAGCAAGGUGCAUCAGCAGGAAAUGUCGGAAAACAGAAAAUAGUUGAUCAAAGGACAGCGAAUCCAGUGGCUUUGCUUCUCUCAUCUGCCAUGAUGCUCAGACAUCUUCAAUUCCCUUCGUUUGCAGACCGACUAGAGACGGCUGUGAAACGUGUAAUUUCUGAAGGAAAGACCCGAACGAAAGAUCUUGGUGGGAAGAGCACCACCCAAGAAGUCGUCGAUGCUGUCAUUGCUAAUCUUGAAUGAGCUUCCCGCUUUCUUUUUCCAACCCGAUAGAUCCUUUCAUCGGUACGUAUUUGUUUUUUUCGGAGAUUGUAUUCGGGAAUUGAUUUCCUUGUGAAUAACAUGACAUUUUGGGGCGGGAAUAAGGAAUUGUGACCUCACGCUUACAUUGUCAUAUAAUUUAUUUGAACGACAGAAAGAAAGUUACAUCGAGGAAACAUUGUAGCAAAGUUGAAGAUUUAUUCUACUUGAAGCUAAAUGCAGUUUGUUAUAUUUCCUUU